UCUUCCGUAGCAGACAGCUUUCAGCGAUGCAACAUAAUUACUUCUAAACUCUAUACGUGUCCAUUCAAAUUUUUAGACCCUUUUUUUUUCCAAUUAAAAAUAUAUUUUCUUUCGGGGAUAAAAUUAAAUUCAAAGAAAACAUAGCCGUCUGGAUUCUGCUCCGAGUUCAUUUUUUUUUCUUUCAUAAACGUUCAUCUGGUGAGAUGUGUUCAUUUUGUUCUUCUUAUUCUUCUCUCUAAUGUUAUUCCCUAAUUUCUUGCCCUUUUUGAGCAAAUGGGGUCUUUAAACCUCUGAUUUUAGUUUAUUUCCAUGUGGGUUUUCGUUGUUUUGGAUCGGAUUUUGAUGGGUUGCGUUGGAUCCAUGAAACUCCCAAGUUUUAUGUGGAAAAAGAGGCGAAACCUUUUGGGGAUUUCUUGUGAUUUCGCUUUAUUUUAGAUCCCUCCACCUGUCUCCUUCGAGGGUUUUGUUCUUCUUUAUUGGAUAAAGGUUAGAGAUCCUUGUUUUCUCAUGUUUCUGUGUAUAUAAGAGCUGAUAGUGGAGAAAAGAUUGUUGAUAGUUUGGAGUUCUUAUCAGAGAGGGAAGAAUUUGAUGGAAUUCCUUCUCGAAAUCAUUGCAAGGUUAGAUCCACUGUUCUUGAAUAGAUCUAAGGAUUUGGAAUCUGAUUUCUUCUGCUUGUUUUUGAGCUUACUCUGUUGAGAAUCUGUGAUUUGAUUGUGAACUUUUUCAUUGAAAAGCUUUGUGGAUUUGUGGAUUUGUGCUAAAGCAGCUUAGUUUUUCUCUAGUUGAUUGCCAAAUGAUGAGGUUGUAGAGAUUUAGGAAGAUAGCUAAUUAUCUGUAGGAUUUGUAAGAAUGAUGGAAGAGAUGUCUCCUGCUGUUUCUUUGACACUUGGUUUGGGCAAUUCAAAGUCUGAUAGUUCAGAAAGUCCUGGUCAUGUCAAAUACGCAUGCCUAAAGUUGGUGACUGACACGGUAGGUUCGAACGGUAAUGGUAGCUUCCAUGAUUUUAAUGGUAUAGUUGAUGGCUUAACCGUGUCGCGCCCAACGGACAAUGGUCAAGGUAUAAACACGUUUUGGGGGUUGUUACCGAAGAACGGCACGAAUUUGAGUGUAGAUAAGAAAGAUGCAUUGUUAUCUACUCUGGAUUACCCUGAUGAAAUGAUAGAUGAUGGAUUGUUUGGUAUUAAUGGUGGUGUCAAAAUUGGAGAUGUUAGUAAUGGUCAUAUUGUUGCUAAGGCUAUCAUCUUGGUGGAAUCAGGGAAUAUCCCUACCAAUGAACUUAUUGUAGCGACAGUAAGCCCGGAUUUAGAAGUAUCUGCCUCGCCGGAGCUGCACACCGCCCCUGCAGUAGUUUUUGAAUCAAAAGGGGGAGAUAGCGUUCAUAAAGGCAUUCGUAGCAUCUUCGAACGUGAUUGUAUUCCGCUUUGGGGGUCGGUAUCGAUUUGUGGUAGAAGACCAGAAAUGGAAGAUGCAAUUUCUUCUGUUCCUUGUUUUGCAAAGAUUCCUAUCAAAAUGCUUGUAGGGAAUGAUUUGGUGAAUGGAAUUGGUCAAAGUUUAACACAUAUCAACAGCCAUUUUUUUGGUGUUUAUGAUGGACAUGGGGGCCCUCAGGUUGCUGAUUAUUGUCGGGAGCGGAUACACGUGGCGUUAGCUGAAGAGAUGAGAGAUUUUAAACAAGAUUUAAAUAAUGGAAGCAAUGGAGAGAAUUGGCAGCAGGGUUGGGAGAGAACCUUUAACAAUUGCUUUCUUAGAGUUGAUGAUGAAAUAGAAGGAAAAGUUGGUAGAACGGUCGGUGGUAGCGGUAGCGGUGGAGAUGUUUUCGAUACAAGCUUUGAGCCGGUUGCCCCGGAAACUGUUGGCUCGACUGCUGUUGUUGCGUUGGUCUGUUCAUCACACAUCAUUGUUGCGAACUGUGGUGAUUCAAGAGCAGUCCUAUGCCGUGGUAAAGAACCCGUGGCUUUAUCGGUCGAUCAUAAACCAAAUCGGGAAGACGAGUACGCUCGGAUUGAAUCGUGUGGAGGCAAGGUCAUUCAAUGGAACGGACAUCGUGUGUUUGGAGUUCUUGCAAUGUCUAGAUCGAUUGGUGAUAGAUAUUUGAAGCCAUGGAUUAUUCCUGAUCCGGAAGUUAUGUGCUUUGCUCGUGCGAAAGAAGACGAGUGUCUUAUUUUAGCGAGCGACGGACUGUGGGAUGUGAUGACAAAUGACGAAGUGUGUGAAGUAGCUCGGAGGCGGAUUCUGCUUUGGCACAAGAAACACGGGGCGUCGGCUUCGUGUCUCGGCAAUCGGGGCACGGGAGUUGACCCAGCUGCACAAGCUGCUGCAGAUUACCUCUCCAUGCUUGCUCUCCAAAAGGGAAGCAAAGACAACAUCUCUGUGAUUGUAGUGGACUUGAAAGCUCAAAGGAAGUUCAAGACCAAAUCUUAAACGUACCCUUUCGAGUUCAUAGCUCCUCGAGCAACACGGUACGGUAUGGUACGUUUUUGCAGUUUACAACUCGUUCUAAUGAGUUCGAAAAUAUAGAAAACAGUUUAUGUAUCAUAGAAUAUUCCUCAUGGAAAUUCAGCAGAAAAGAAAGAAAGAAAGAAACAGCAUCCAUCUGUAAUGAAGUAGUUAUAAUCUAUGCUUCUUUGGUUUCUUUCCUCGUGGAAA